AUGGCCACUGCAUUAAGAAUUAUUCCAAAGUUGCGAAACUUCCAAAGUCUGGCAACAAGAUGUUCUUCGAUUGCCGUCAGAAAUCUAAGUCAUAAUAUCACAAAAAAUGCAUUAGAGCCUGCACAACACAAGUUUUUGUCGCCCAAUGUGGGAAUUCUUCAUAUUCAACAUCGUACAAUGAGUCAAAAUCCUACUAGUCAAGAGGAAGUCGAAGAUAGAGUUUUAACGGUUCUCAAAUGUUAUGACAAAAUUGACCAUGGAAAGUUAUCUCUUGGUAGUAACUUUAUGAAGGAUCUUGGUCUGGACAGCUUGGAUCAUGUUGAAAUUAUUGUUGCGAUGGAAAAUGAGUUUAUUCAACUCAUUCCUGAUAAUGUAGCUGAGGUUUUGCUUACUCCACAAGAAAUAGUCGAGUAUAUUUGCGAUUGUUAUGAUAUUUGCGAAUAA